CACAAGAACUACAUUUCCCCAUAAGGCUUUUUUUGCGGACUCCUUGGUCUAGGGAACUGGUGUCUGCCGGGACGUCGCGACCUGCGGCCGUACAUGGCUUUCCUCGCGGGUUGUUUUGGGGGCUCUGCUGGCAGGUCGGUGACCCUGCUAAGUGGCAGGUGGCUCCAACCCCGGGUUUGGAUGGGACGUCCGGAUGCCUGGGGCCUCCCCGCCCCGCAUCAGACCCGCGGCAGGACGCGCGGGAAUGAGUACCAGCCCAGUAACAUGAAACGCAAGCACAAGCAUGGCUGGAUCCGCCGCCUGAGCACGCCGGCGGGCGUGCAGGCAGACUUCCUGAAAGGCCUGCCAGUCUACAACAAGAGCAACUUCAGCCGGUUCCAUGCGGACUCCGUGUGCAAGGCCUCGAACCGACGGCCCUCAGUGUACCUGCCUACCCGGGAGUACCCGUCAGAACAGAUCAUCGUGACAGAAAAGACAAACAUCCUCCUGCGCUACCUACACCAGCAAUGGGACAGAAAGAAUGCUGCCAAGAAGAGAGAUCAAGAACAGGUGGAGGCAGAGGGGGAGAGCUCGGCGCCACCCCGAAAAGUGGCGCGGACCGACAGCCCGGACAUGCCAGAAGACACCUAGGCCCCAUGUGCCUGCUCACCCCGUCUGUCUGCUCUGUCCACUCCUGCCCGCGUGUGUAAGCGCAGCCCGCCCACACCCAGCCCAUACCCCUCCAACCUCAUAGGACCCAAGUAUUUAUUUUCCUUGAGUUUUUAUUUAUGCUGUAACUUGUGUCAAGCAUUGGUUAAAGGGACAUCAGACCCAGCUGUGAGGUGUCAGUAGACCCUUUUUCACAGUGGUGUCCCCCACCCGGCCACCCAUCAGUAAGGCCAAGCCCAGGGUCCAGGGCCGAGGUGGCCUGGCCUCCCACAACACCAAGCAGCCUUCUUGAUCCUUCCCAUCCAUAGGCUCUGCCUGGUCUGGAGUGCCCCCCCCCACACCCCCUCCCCGCUCGGGGUUCCUCCCAUGCCCAGGCCUCACUGAGCCCAUACCAGGGCAUGGGAGACAAGGCCCUUUUGGAUCUUUCUCUUAAGUCAUUUUAUCAUGGACUAGCCCGUGCUCCGCGUCCACCCCAAUAAAAGGAUCUUUCCUACUCGACCCGGCCUCUUUGCUCCCCGUGUCCCAGCCAGGAGGACAGAGCUCUGAAGGUAAAAGAGGAGCCACUGUAACCAAGAGAUCAGCAAGGGGGUCCUGGUCCGGCAAAGACCUGCAAGGACCUUCCUGGGGGAUCCUCAGAGUCAGGUCCCUGGUGAGAAUGUCAGAGCUAGGACAACCACAGGGUGGCAACCGAAAUGUCCUGGCCUUGGUUCACAUGGCUCAGAUGGGAAUCCCCCCCAGCUGCAGCACCUGUGACUGUGGUUCUGGGCACUUGGCACCUUAACCAACUUGACUGCCUGUGGCCACUAGCAUAAAGGAAUGGGUUUCUGCACCGUAUGUGGUCUGGAGCUGGGGCACUGGCUGCCCACCUGCCUUGGGCUUGAAAGCUCAGUGCUAGAGACACCAGGGAGCUGUGGUGGCCAUAGUAUCACCAGGGGCCUGCUUACAUUGGCAGUGUGGGUACACUGCACAGCCUUCUGCCGUAGCUUGUGUGCCACAGCAUACAGUGUGGGGUCCCUGAGGUGAGGUGCAGUGCUCAGGAGAUAGGCUAGACCUGGCUGUUUCGGCCAAGGAUACAGGUGGCUGAGCACUGGAACGGUUCAAAGUUGUGCAAACAACUCCUAGUUAUAAGUGGUGGGUGUAGUGGGAGGGCCAGCUGUAUGGCCACUGCUGCUGAAACCUGUGGGAGGCCUGGCCCUGCUCAGUGGGGUCCCCCUCCUACCUGCUGGGGUCCUCUUCCAGUGUGCACACCCUUAGGACUCCCAAUGCCCUUGGGAGCCUGCUCCUAGGCCUUGGUAUCCAGCAUUCCAGCCCUCCCACGCCUCUGCCUCACCACGUUUCCAACAGGCCUGGUGUUUUAAGGGUGGGCAGCCUGACUACUGAUGCCAACCCUCCUGUCCUGGGCACCCCCAAGCCCAUGUCACAUGUGGACAAAGGCUGCUAGUCCACUGCCUAGUGUUCCUACCCCACAGCUCCUCUGCCCUGUUCUCCAAGAUCUGGGGCAAGGAAGGCCUGCCUCUCUAAUCCAGCCACCCCUAACAGAAGGCCAUCACACCAUCCACCACCUGACCUGAGGUAUAACCCUUUUCACACCUCAGGGUUUCUAACUUUGGCUAACUGGAGACUGGCCACAAUGCCCGGAGUUUUCCAUCUGUGCUCUUUGGUCCUCAUUCUUGGGAGAACCAGGAGGUUUAACCCGGGUCCCCCGAGGCCCCUUCAUCGCUCUGACUUCAGGCACUGUUGAAAUAUACUUUUUAUUGCAUUUCU